CCAAUGUCACCGAUGAUGCUGCGCGAAAUUCGGCGCUCGCGCAUCGCACAGUGGCGCCCUCUCGGCCGAGUUGCGCGCACGCAGAUAGUGGCAGCAAUAAACACUAUCAGUGGAGAUAAACACACCUUAUCGCCAGGUUUCGGGCCGCGAAGGGACACCCGGAUGGAGCUAAAUAAAGUAAGGCGAAGCAGCAUGUCGAAGCGGACAGUCCUGAACGAGCAGUACAAGGGGCUGGUGGAGGCCAUGGCCAUCCCGGCGGAGCUGCACGAGCGAGACGGCAAGAGGUUCGCCAGCUUCGGCGCCGUGCUGCCCAUCCACUGCGCCGCGCCUGAACAGGUGGAGCAGCUGGCGAACACGACGCACCACUACUGCGACGUGUUCACGGACGAGCUGCUGGCGCCGCUGGGCGAGCUGGCCUACGUCAGGAUCGACGAGAACACGGCCGAGAAGGUGUUCAUCAACCGCAGCAAGCGCAUCCUGCUGAUCUCGAGCGACGGGCAAAUGGCGCAGUGGCGCUGCGCCGCGACCUUCGAGUCCGCCAACCAGUUCCUGGCGGGGACACCUAUCGUCAACAAGGACGGCGCGCUUGUGUCUGUUGUCACCGCUAAGAGGGGGAACAACUACGCCGUGUCGACGUUUGAGGGCGAAGGCGGGUACUUCGAGACGAGCGAGCCGUGGGAGGUCAUCGACGCGCCGGCCUCGGGCCUCGUCUACGGCACGCAGGCCUUCGCAACCCGCGAGGCGCUCCGCCAGCACCUACUAUCCUUACCCGCGGCGCUGGUGGACGCGUCGUCGCCCGCGCGGCCGGCGCUGCUGCGAGGAACCCACGCGCGAAUCGUGCUCGUCGCGCGCAACGGACGGCAGAUCGCGCACCAUUACUUGCAAGGCGUGCUCACGAACGAUAUUGAUUACUUGUAACUUUCGACACGUUUUUAAGUCUGAUUUACACGUAUUAAGUAGUUAAGUAUUUAAUACAAUUUUAAUUUAAUUUUAAAUGAUGAAAUUGCAUCGUAACUAAACUUAAUUCAAAACGUUAAAGCUCUUGU